AUGGAAAAUCCCACGGCACCCCUACUUACAAGGAUGGGAAACUUGCUUAUCCAAAUGAGUCAUCAGAAUCCCCUUACUUUGGCUCAUCCGUGCAUUACGGUGGUCGGGAGUUCUACAGCAGCACUUUACAGAAGCAACCAGCCAAUGAGCCCCAUGCAAACUACAAGGAGGACAACCCGGAUGGCUCUGCUACCAGAGGUGAUUGGUGGCAAG